CGGACGCGCGACCCGCACGCUGCCUUCAGUCGCCAUUACUGACUUAUACUGUAUUGUGUGAAAUAACUUGUUUUGUGACGUUUUGAAGCUGGAAUGCGGUAGAGGGAAUAAUAAUGCGUCCGAAAAGUUCGAGCGAAGUCGCAUCGCGCGUGAAAAACCACUCAAGUUCAACGGUUUGCUAGAAAACAUAUCAGAUGAAAGAAAAUGGAGUACGAAGAGCACGGCACCUCGAACAUAACUCAGACUCUGUCGAACUUGUUCGAGGAAAUGCUAUUAGCCACAGAUAAUUCAAACGAGAAUAAAACUGUCGACGUGUCAAAGUUCUUGGUGGCUUUAAAAGAUAAGUCUACGAAGAGUAACCAUGACUCUAUAGACUUUGGUACUUUAGUCAAGUUGGUUGACGGAUGGCGAUCUAAACUGAACUUGACUAAACCCACGGAGGCGACGUGCAAUUACUGCGAUGGCGGCAUCAGGGACCUGGUGCUUGCGUACAACAGUAUACAUGGAUAUGUUAGCCUAAUUGUAUGUUUAUUUGGUAGUUUGGCAAAUUCGCUGAACGUUGCAGUGCUAACGAGACGGGACCUCGCAGCGGCGCCUAUCAACCGCUUGCUCAAAUGGCUGGCAGUCGCAGAUGUAUUUGUAAUGAUGGAAUACGUGCCAUUUGCCGUAUACAAAUACCUUAUACUGCCCGGUCAGCGUGAGAUGCCGUACAAAUGGGCAGCGUAUCUUCUCUUCCACAUGCACUUCACUCAAAUCUUUCACACCGCCUCCAUAUGCCUCACACUUUCGCUUGCCAUCUGGAGAUAUUUGGCAAUAAAAUAUUCUGACCGCAGCCACGUACUGUGCACCGAGAGACGUUGCAGUACAGCCAUCCUCAGCAGUUUCAUACUACCUCCAAUACUAUGUAUUCCCACAUUCAUGGUUUUUGAUGUACACACAGCUGUUGUUUUGGAACCUAAUGGCCCGAUGAUACUUUAUCACGUAGAUUCUGACGAAGAAGGUCAGCUGUAUCAAAUAAAUUUUUGGGUACACGCAGUUGUCAUCAAGCUUUUGCCCUGUUUUAUAUUGACAGUAAUAAGUUUAUGGCUCAUAAGAGAAGUUUACAGCGCGAAUGAGCAUCAGAAGAAAAUAAGAGUAUAUAACGCUUGCCCAACAAACGAUAAGAUAUUAAAACGGCAAUGUAAAGGAGACAAGAGGACAAAUAGGACAACAAAAAUGCUGGUAGCAGUGCUACUCCUAUUUUUGGUGACAGAGUUGCCUCAAGGGAUAUUGGGCCUACUCAGUGGGGCGUUAGGUCGAUGUUUCUUCAAACGCUGCUAUGAUUUGUUUGGCGAACUAAUGGAUGCUCUGGCAUUACUCAACGGGGCUAUCAAUUUUGUGCUGUACUGCUCCAUGUCGAGGCAGUUUCGGAUGACGUUCAGGCAGCUGAUGUGGCGAGCACAUUUACAUCGAUGGCCGCCACCGCAGGGUUCACAUUCAGACGGUUUGAAUACGGCUAAAACAUCGGUUCCAUGAAAUAGGAUGGCAAAGCAGCGGCAAGAGUUUGUUAUGCAACAAUUUGUAUGACAAAUACUUAUUAAAGUCCUAAUAACUAUUGCCUUGUCAGCAAAUGUUAUUAAGAAGUUUUUGGCAGAGUAGGUACUUAAAAAUGUAUCUACAUAAUAUUAUGUAUUAUUAUGAAUGGAAUUCAUAACUCAAAAAUAAGUCUGCUUUAUUCAAGCGUGCUUUUGUUCGCUGUAUGCCCAACUUGUUUCAGACCCAUAUGGGUUCCUUAGUCAAGAAUACGUCCGCGUGACGCGGCGUGAAAUACAGCUGACUUAAAAUCUGUAUGAUAAUUAUAAUGAGGAAAAAAUCUCGAUGUUAUUAAUCGCAGAUAUAUAUCUAUAUAUAUACAAAUAUACAUAUAUAUAUAGUAUAAUUUA